AUACAGAAAGCAAAGAAGCGUGACUAACGAAGCGUCCCUAGUUGGGUGUUGCUCGUGUAGUAUUGAAAGGUGUUGCUUGUUCUACUCCAACAUGGGCUCAAAACAAGCUCUAGGCUUCUUUGCUAUUUUCCUUUUCGUUUAUUCAUCAUCUGGAAGCUCCRAUCGUCGUCCUCUGGGAGCAUUCAUCAAACAUUUUGAGCCUUUGAACUACGAUACUUCUCGACUACACUCCACUCAUUCAAGAGCAGUUUCGAAAGGUUCUGACUAUGAAAUGCAGUUUAAUGCCUUUGGGAAGCAACACAAGCUUCGUUUAAGGCAAGAUAAAAGUAUUUUUACUCCAGAUGCAGUCAUCCGGACUGGAAAGGGUGAGCCGAUUGAGGUUGAUCGAAGAUCGUUCUUGACUGGCGAGGUUGUUGGUGAGCCAGGUUCUAUGGUACAUGGUGUGAUGGAGGACGGUGCUUUCCGUGGAAAAAUCAUCGGAUCUGCAGACAGCUACUACGUUGAGCCUGCUAGAAGAUACAUCAAGGAUCCAGAGUUCCAUUCUGUGAUUUAUAACGAUAAGGAUGUCCACUAUAAGGCGAAUUAUGCAGAUAUUUCGAAGCGCCUUCCAAAUCCUGCAGAGCGUAAACGAAGAGAUACAGAAGCUGAAAGUCAAACCAAGUCACGAAAGCGACGAGUACCUGAGGACGAGAAGCAAAAGAACGCCUGUACUCUCUCUUUAUAUGGYGAUCAUCGGUUUACGAGUCUUUUUGGUGGCCCAGGAGAAGCAGCGAAGAAGAUCAUUGAGCAUGUUCAAGCAGUCAAAGUCAUUUACGGCGCUGAUUUUAACAAAACUGCGUUAGAGUUGUACUCACCUUACGGCAUUACUUUCCGAGUCAAGACUAUAACAGUUUAUGAUAACGACGACGUUCCUGAUAAAUACAAGCCAGAUAACCUGGGAAUCGAUCCUAUGCUCGAUCUGCUGUCAGAUGACAACCAUGAUGAGGUAUGCGAAGCGUUCCUCUUCACAAACCGUGAUUUUGAUGGUGGUAUUCUUGGUCUGGCUUGGAUAGGCAACCCUUCUUCUACAGGUGGAGUGUGCUCAAAGCAUUAUGACACUGGCGGUGGUAAAAUGAAGAGUUAUAAUACUGGCAUAGUCACUUUCAAACUCUAUGGUAGAUUCACUCCUCCCAAGGUUUCAGAAGUCACUUUUGCUCAUGAGCUCGGACAUGGCUUUGGCUCUCAACAUGACCCUGAUGGUAAAUGCAGUCCAGGUGGCACUAAUGGUAAUUACAUCAUGUAUAGCAAAGCAACAUCUGGAGACAGACCCAAUAACAGCAAAUUUUCCGAGUGUAGUUUGACUUCCAUUCGAGAUAAUGUGAAUUCCAAGCGACAGUCUAGAUAUAACUGCUUCACAGAUGCAACAGCACCGAUCUGUGGUAACAGGGUUAUUGAGGCUAACGAGGCUUGUGACUGUGGGGAUGCAAAAUCUUGUGCCAAUGAAGGCAAUUGCUGUAACCCACCAGGAGACAAAAGGGAAUGUAAAUUAAAGUUUGAUGCUGUUUGUAGUUUAAGUCAAGGUCCAUGUUGCAACAAAUCAUGCAAAUAUACAGAAAACAAAGUAUGUUUCAAUGAGACAGAAUGCCUAAUGGAAGCAAAAUGUUCAAGUAAUUCCUUUACUUGUCCAAAACCAGACAUCAAGGACCCAGAAAAAACAUGUAAUAAACAACGUGGAAUUUGUGGAGCAAAAGGGGAUUGUUCAAAAUCCAUCUGCACAAAAUAUGGCUUUGAAGAAUGUCAAUGUACUGCUGAAGCAGAGCUGUGUGAUAUGUGCUGUAAAGAACCUGGUGAAAAUAAGGACUGCAUUUCAGUCAAAAACCUUAAACAGCUCCCUGUGAGUUUGAGUAACCUGAAGAAAACACCUGGGUCACCCUGUGCUAACAUGCAUGGCUAUUGUGAUGUAUUCUCUGUUUGUCGACGAGUAGAUAUGAGUGGUCCUUUGAAACGUCUGAAGGAGAGAUUCUUUACUGUCAAAGGUCUGAAGGAGACGGUCAAGGAAUACUGGKGGGUUAUUCUUCUGGGUAUUAUCGGUGGUAUUGUCAUCGUAGUUCUGCUUGUUUUGCUUUGCUCACGGUAUACACCAAGUAGCAACCCUAUAAGAGAACAAAAGAGACCAGCCAAGAAAAUCCCUGGUCGUAGAAAGAAGAACCAAGACCGCAUACAAGAUGCCCGUCAAGAAAAAGGGCGCCAUUCACCUACUAUGGAAAUGGAGCAGGCGGUCUGAAUAGCGUAGAUCUUCAACUGAGUGGAUGGAAAAGAGUGAAAGAGGAAAUGAAUAGAUCUUUCAUCUUUAUUGUGUAACUGGUCAUAAAUUAGAAGGACAUAAGGAGUAAGACAAACAAAAGUUGGUUGUCUAGUUUUGGUAGCCUCUUGAUAGAGAUGAUGAAAACAGCAACCAAGACCUUUUUCUUUCUAAUCUUUGACCAGUUCAUUUCUUAACUUGUGGAUAAAUAAUUUAAUAAGUAUACUCCUAUAAUCCAAGAACGGCAAGGCUAGCUCAGCUUAACAGAGAACUAAAAAGAUAUGUCCAACUUGAAAUGCUUUAUUUUUAAGGUAUAAGUAUUUUAAAGCACAAAGCCAGUCAUUGCUUUUCUUUGCAAAAAUCUUUCAACUUACAAAUACUAAAUACUACUCUUUGUUAAAAUCUUGGAUUCAGGCCUUCGAAGAUGUCAAAUAUUACUGCCUUGUUGUACUUAGUUCUGAUACCUAGACACUCAAUUAGAAAUGACAAUAUUCUUACCCUUAAACUUCUUAUUUAUUGGUAGUCAAAAUGUGUUGAUCGUGUAAGGUAAUCUUAGUUCUUGGCUUGUUCUUGGGUAGUACAACUAGGUCCCAAGAACAAGCCUCGAGGUACCCCAUACACUUAUUUCAUCAAAAGGAAUAAGCCAUAUUUUAUGGUAAUAUAUGUUUGUUCAAAUAGGUUUAGUCGAUUAGUUGAAGGCAUUCCAGUUGAUAAGCAUCUGUAGUAUGUUUGAUUUAAGAUCUCUCAAAACGACUGGAUGAUCCGAGUUCAUUAACCUUUACAGUAGUGAGACUAAAUCCACUUUAAAAACAGUUAUCGCUUUUGUACGUCAUUUUUGUAUGUAUAUUUAAUAAAACCAAAAGGACCAAAGACCAAA